AUGACCCAGCCGAAUCAACCAUUUUCGUUCAAAGCGUCCCUUGUCUCCGACUCGGAUUAUGAAGAUAGUGACGGGUCUUCAGUAAUUCCCAAAACAAACAUUCGGCGUAGAAGCCGCCACUAUCGACCGCGAUCACGACUGCCUACUGUGGCCCUGAUCGGAUGUUGCGCCAUCACGGGUUGGUUUCUGAGCAUGGCCUCAUUAUAUACUUUCAUGCUCCUAUCUCCCGAGCCAGACGCACUUCAGCGCAAUUGUGUUUAUGAUACGCUGUCCACAUCAUGGCUACCGCCAUACUGUCGAGACGCUGAACUGACCGCAAAGUUCGACAAAUCGGGCGACGGUCCAAAUGGAGAGUGGGAGUAUUUUGCCGAUCAGAAUGGUACUCAGCGUAUUUCUGUUGAAGAAAUCGCCGUGCUUGGAGAUAUAGGUGGACACUUUUGGGUAUCACGAUAUUGGCACAGAGCUCACUGUAUGUUCUAUUGGCAAAAGCAAUUUCGCCAGCGAGACACCAAAGUCGUGAUGGAGCAAAGAUUUGACGGAUUAGCACACGUGGAGCAUUGUACCCGUUUACUGCUACGUACGACUAAUCUGUCGGCACUCAUGCCUGUACCCGUCCUUAUGAACUCAAGUGCUGCAGACGCGAUCCGUCUCUCACCGGAGGAAAAUCAGGAUCAUUCCCAUCACAUGAGAUUUUAG